AUGCAUAUAGCUGUGCAAUUACUGAUAGCUAUUAUUAUAUCAGAAUUCAUCGCUGUUAUUCCACAGGAUGUCGUUCAAUCGCUUAUCGAGAGCGUUUACAACUUUACUUUGAAUAGAUCGCUACUUAACAAGCAGGGUAAACUGAAGCAGGAUAUUAUGAACACAAAGAAGCAGCUUAACAGCACUUCCUCCCAAGACGAAUUCUCUAAAUGGGCUAAAUUGAAGCGUAAUCAUGAUAAACUGCUCAAGCAGCACGAGGAUACCAAGCAAGAAAACAGCAAAGCUCAGAUGAUUAUAAAACCACUCGUUAAAGUCGUCAUGUUCGCUUUACCUUCUGUAUUACAAUUUGGGGUGACUAUUGCUAACGGUAAACGCUCAAUCAUUCACCUCCCACCACACAACUGGUUUGGCAGCGCACUCACCUUGUUAUUUAGCUUGCCAUUCAGCCCGAGAGGAACUAUCUCUGCUAGCAUAUAUGGUAUGGUUGUGAAGAGAGUAGUGAAGCUAUUUAGGCAGUUCAUACAAGAUCUCGGUACAAUCAUCUUUGGCGUGAAGAACUCUCAAGCCUCAGCUGCUAGGAGGGAUGACUCUAAGCAGGAUAAGCAGGAAAAUAGCUCAGUGCACACAGCACAACCGGUUAAAACACAAUAA